UGUCGGAUCUGAAGAGAAGCUGAACAGAAUGACGUCAUCGGGUGUUCUGAUGAUGCUCCUGUUCUUUAAGCAUGUUACUGCAGACAACUCAGGUACGGUUGUUACCAGUUGUGAGGCGUGUCAUGACCAAGCCACCUGCCUAGACUCACCUGUGGAACGUGAGAGGGGAGAUGCUUUCCAAACCGGGUCCGUCACUUGCACCUGUCAAGAUGGCUUCGUUGGCGACGGCAUCACAUGCUACGACCUUGAAUUCUGCGCUAAAGGCUCCUGCUGUCGUCAAGGUUACGGCUGGUCCUCGGAGCUGGGCUGUGUGGACGUUGACGAGUGUUCCCUCCCAGACCAACCCUGCAGCCCUCCUCAGGUCUGUGAGAACACCCCCGGAUCCUUCAACUGCCUGGUGCCUCCUGAAGACGACCUCCACUCCAGUCCUGGUUCUGACUCCCGUUCAGUGCAGUUUCAGUGCGGGGGGAGACGGUGUCCAGUGGGAGAGGACUGUAUCAGUGUUGGUGGAACAUCCCUCUGUGCAGACCCCUGCCUGCACUACUCUGUACUGAAUGACGACUGGCGUUCCACCACCAACUACGGUCCAGCUAACGGCUACCACUGUGACACGUCUGUCAACUGGCAGGGCUGGUAUCGCCUGUUCCUGGGGAACACCAGUGUUCAGAUGCCAGAGAGGUGUGUGGAAAAGUACAUGUGUGGGACGGAGAUCCCCUUGUGGCUUCCAUUAGCGCAUCCCCAGCUGUUAGACGGGGUGGUUCAGAGGAGCGUCUGUGGACACUAUUACUAUGACUGCUGCUACAGGAGGCAAAAUCCCAUCCAUGUCAAAGCCUGCUAUGGAAACUACUAUGUCUACAAGUUGGUCCCUACAACAACAUGCAACAUGGCCUACUGUGCAGAUGUCAGCACCACAGUGUGUUCUACAUGUGGAGUGUUUGAUGCCUGUGUGAGCGACAAUGAGACCAACUGGAGAUGUGAGAGGAAAGCUCCAGAGCUGGUGUGUGGGCGGAGCCUCCUGAAGGUGGGCCUUCCAAAUGUUUACCUGGAGGCUGCUGGUCUGGAUGCUUCCUCUGCUCACCUGGCCGACCACCGCUGCUCCGCCCACGAGGAUCGUAACGGCACGGUGUGGUACCAGGUGGAGCGCAGGGAGGGACGCUGUGGGAACACUCUGGAGACAAACGCCACCCAUGCUGUCUACUCCAACAGCUUAUUCGUUUAUCCAGUAGAUGGGAGGAACGACUCCCAACCCUUCGGCUUUCCCUUCUCCUGUGUCUAUCCUCUGGAGACAGAGAGCAGUCUGGAUGUGGCCAUCAGACCUCUCCCACUAACGGAUCAUAAAGUUGUCAGAGUCGGUGCCAAGGCCAAGGCCUCCAUGUCUCUGUACCGCGACACCAACUACACACAGCCUUACCCAGCUGGUCAGCCAGUCACCCUGAUUGCGGGUUCCUCCCUGUACGUGGGCGUGUCCGUAGAGGAGUCCGAGGCAGAACGUUUUGUCGUUGUUCUGGAAGACUGCUACACCACGGAAUCACCCAGCCCUGAUAAUCCCCCACAGAUCUACAUGAUUCAGGACAGGUGUCCUACAAAUCGUACCCAGGUGACAGUGGAGGAAAGCGGCUCGUCCCUCAGGGCUCGCUUCUCUGCUCUACUGCAGGGGGACUACCGUUACAUCUUCCUGCACUGCAGCCUCAGCCUGUGUGACCAGAGGAGCUCCUCCUGCACUCCAGUGUGUUCCAGGAGGAGAUCCCGCUCUGUGUCCAAGUCCAUCCGCCUCAAGCCCCUCACCAUCGGGCCAAUCACCUGGGCCCAGAGUCUGGAGUGAGCCUUGGGAACCCCCAGCAUAUGAAGGAUGGCAGGGGCCCAGAAUCUGGAGUGAGCCUUGGGACCCCCAGCAUAUGAAGGAUGGGUCCCUCCUGCACUACUCCCCUGAUCUCCAUCCCAACCUACAGCCCAGUGUAACUUUCAAGGGCACAGAAAUACUCGUUUAGAUUCUAAGUAAUGAAUUGAUGCACUACAGUGUGAUUUCAUUGUAUUGUGUAUGUUGUAUACACAUAGACUUGCAUUGUUUUAGGGCUGAUCAUUUCCCCAAACCUGAGUUGAUGUGUGUGUAAGCUGUGAUUUGAUGAUGUCAAUAAAUAACUCUGUAUGAUGAUG